CAAAAAACGGCCAUUAGAAAGAAGAGCCUGGUGGUUCCCUGAACCUUUUGUCCUUAUGUAUGCACCUGGGAAAGGGUGAGAUCUGAUAUAAAACUUCCACAUUUCCUGGGUUUAUUGAAGGUAAGAACGAAACUGGAUUUUGUACGAAACCCAUUUCACAGAGAGAAAGAGAAGAUGUUGGAAGGGAAAGCUUUGAUUGAAGACACAGACAUGCCUGUGAAGAUGCAGAUCCAAGCCAUGGCUUCUGCUUCUCAAGCUCUGGAUCUUUAUGAUGUCUUUGACUGCAAGUCUAUUGCUGCCCACAUCAAAAAGGAGUUUGACAAGAGAUAUGGGGGUGGAUGGCAGUGUGUGGUGGGUUCCAAUUUUGGGUGUUUCUUUACUCAUUCUAAAGGAACUUUCAUCUACUUUGGAUUGGAGACUCUCCAGUUUCUCAUCUUCAAAGGGGCUUCUUCUCCAUCGUCCCCUUGAAACUUAGGCUCUGUUUGUUGUGGUCUCUAGAAAGAUCAAGAAAAAGGCAGUUUAUUUUCUUUUUCUUGUUUCUUUUUUCCUUUUUUUUCCCCAAUGCUAUGUCGGUCAGUGGAGUGGAGGUGAGGAAAAGGGAGAAUCAUGUUCAUAAGAGGCUCAUACAUGACCACAUGGGGUGUUUUGGUUUUGGAUAUGGAUUUUCUCGUGUGGCUUUGAGAGAGAGAGAGAGCCUUGUGCUGCUGGGAAUUGGGACCAUGUGUUAUAUCCUCUUUGUACAAAAAUGAAAAUGGUGGCCUAGUUCUUACUAUGAAGAAAAUGGUGGCCUAGUUCUUACUAUGAAGAAAAUGGUGGUCUAGUUUUUCUGUUUGCAUCCUUUUGUGAAUAUUUCUCAUUAUCCUCAUGAAUUCCUCAA